AACUUCGCAGUCUGUAUAAACUGUAAUUCAAGCAUCAUGCCGCCUAAAGCCAGUGGUAAAGCCGUCAAGAAGGCCGGAAAGGCCCAGAAGAAUAUCACUAAGAGUGACAAGAAGAAGAAGCGUAAGAGGAAGGAGAGCUACGCUAUCUACAUUUACAAAGUCUUGAAACAAGUUCACCCCGAUACUGGAGUUUCAAGCAAAGCCAUGAGCAUCAUGAAUUCGUUCGUUAACGAUAUUUUCGAACGCAUCGCUGCUGAAGCAUCGAGACUUGCUCACUACAACAAGCGCUCUACAAUUACUUCUCGGGAGAUCCAGACUGCUGUUCGUCUUCUCCUUCCUGGAGAAUUAGCUAAGCACGCUGUUUCAGAAGGCACAAAAGCUGUCACGAAAUACACCAGUUCCAAGUAAAGUGGAACACCUUAAAAACAAUCGGCCCUUUUCAGGGCCACAAAAAUUUCACAAUGUUGAUGACUCAAUUUACUCAUUAAUCGAAAAUAAAUAUGAACAACUGAUUACAAAAAUAUCAGACUAGAUUGAAAUGACUUACAUUUAAAAGAAGUCACUGAAUAAAAUUUCAAUUUGAAACCAAUAA